AUGGAGGAGGCCGCCCUGGACCACGGGCUGGUCGAGCUGGAUUUCGGCGCCUGGCCAGCCACGCCCCUCGACUACGGUUUCCACAAAGCGCCGACUACGAGACAGCACUACGACUUGGACGGCCGCGUCUUCUUGUGGACGCGCGGCUUCUACAAGGACUACGACUGCCGCACCAGCCUCUGCUACUGCUGCUGCUGGUGCGCGUGCGCGUACGUCUUCCUGCGGGACGAGCUGCUGCUGCUGGAGCGCGCGCCCAGCACGAUGUCCUUCAUGACGCUGCCCUCGGUCUUCUCGACGGAGACGCGCGUGGACCCGGCGAUACUGUGCGAUCCGAUCCACCCGCCGUGGAGGCUGCCCUGCUGGGAGGCCCUGUGCACCGGGUGCACCAGGUGGGCGCGCUGCCAGACGCUCUUCCUGAGCGGCUAG